GCAGUAGUAGUCGCUUAGUGGUCUCUCAAGUCAGUGCCGUGCCCACCCCGUGCUCUCGCCCUGAUGUGCCCCGGGCCAUACGUCCCAGCCACCCGAAAAAGGUAAAAUGUUGUUUCGGCGAACGAAUUCGGUGGUGCUGCUGAUAUGUGGAUGUCUGCUAAUUAUAGAUGGCCAUGAGGAGAAGAGCCGCACCAAACGGGGGCGCAAUGUGCGAACGUCCAACACGCCGCAGACGGUGAGCAGCGCGGAACCGAGCCAGGACCUCGAGACGGGCGCCAACGGCCAGCAGGAUGUGCCGUCGGUCAUACCGCCCGGCUUUCUCAGCCCCUCGGUGCAGGAGUACCUCGAGCUGGGCAAAUCCAUCCCAGGUCGACCCGGCACCGAUUAUCCAAUCUUAUCAACGAUUCCGUAUACCAACUUCUACUGCGACGAGCAGGACUACCCGGGCUUUUUCGCCGACAUGGACACGCGCUGUCAAGGAUGGCACUACUGUGACAUCGACGGACGCCAGGCGACGUUCCUGUGCCCGAACGGCACCCAGUUUUCGCAGGCCGUCUUCGUGUGCGAUUGGUGGUUCAACGUGCGCUGCGAUCUGUCGCCGCGGCUGUACAGCAUCAACGCCCGGCUGUACCAGCGGCCCAAGUUCAACCCGACGCAACCGCACCGCGUCAUCACGAGGCAGCUGGUGGACGAGAUCUUCAACGUCUGA